AUGACUCCCAACGUAGCAGACUUGCAGCGUUCCAUCGAUCGUUUAUUGGAAUAUUUGGACCCGCAUUGGAAGUUUGUCAAUUGUCACAUGGUCAACUAUCUAACGGACAAUCAUUGGCUCCAGUUUGUACCCGAUGCAGUGCGAGCUGAGCUGCGCAGUGAUAUUGACAUAAAUCUGGCCAUAGAGAAAUUGUUUUGGCACACUGAAUGUGACUCACAGCAAUUCCCAGCGUUGUCAAAAUUUUUAGCUGCAGCCGAGCGGCAGCGACUCAAAUGCUGCUCGGAGUUGUUGACAACAGUGGAACAAGUGGAAGAGCUACUGGCUGCAAGCACAGACACGCAGCAGCUAAGCAUACGGGAAUUUAUGAGCGCCAAAAAGUGUCAUGAGGUGGAACUAACCGCGGCAUUAGUUAACAAACUCGUCCAAAGUAGCUCAGCAGCAGCAAAUUGUUAUAUUGUCGAUGCUGGCGAUGGUAAAGGGUAUCUCUCGUCGAGAUUGGCACUUCAGUUUGGGCAUCGUGUGCUGGGCAUUGAUGCCAAUAUAUCAAACACUGAAAACGCGUUGACACGCAAUCGCAAGCUACAGCGCGCAUGGAAUGGUUUAACGGAACGCGCUGAUCUGGAGAGUCAAGGAAUAAAACCAGCCAGACGCGGCAAAAAGCAGAAGUCAGAAGUGGAUAAAUCUAUAAUUACGCCCCCACCGGACAAUUAUAAAACCACAUCUAGAUUUAUUACAACUGAAUUGAAAUUGACGGCUCUGAUAGAGGAGCACUUCGAGCAGGCCCAGGCAGCCCGAAACAGCCCCCAAAUAUGUUUAACUGGUCUGCACACCUGUGGAAAUUUGGCAGCCACCUGUUUGCAGGUGUUUCAUGCCCAGCAGGAAUGUCGCAUCCUUUGCAACGUAGGUUGCUGUUAUCAUUUGUUACGUGAACGUUACUCGCAACACGAAUUCUUUGGCAAUAAAGCCUUGAUGGAGCAGCAAACGGAUUAUGGUUUUCCACUGAGCAACUAUCUACAGAGUCGUCAGUUACGCCUCGGACGAAAUGCACGAAUGCUUGCCGCCCAGUCCAUGGAGCGCACAAUCGCAGCCAAGGAAUUACCCAAUAUAACACUCUACUAUCGCUCAUUGCUCGAACUCUUGGUUUGUCGCCAUGCGCCCCACUUGAAGAAUGAACUGCAAGUGGGCAAAGUGCGUAAAUUCAACGGUUUUGUGGAAUAUGUUCAAAAGUGUGCCGAUAAAAUAAGUGCCCCUUGGCUUGCAGCUGUGGAUGAGGAGGAGCUCCAAUUGUUGGAACAACAAUACGAACUAGAUCGUCAUUAUCUAUCAUUGUUUUAUCUUCUGCGCAUGUCAUUUGGCCCGGUUCUUGAGAAACUUAUAUUAUUGGAUCGUCUGCUGUAUCUCAAGGAACUGGGCUAUCGGCACAGUCAUCUUGUUGAUUUAUUUGAUCCGGUUAUUUCGCCCAGGCAUUACGCGAUAGUUGCUAUCAAGCCUUAGACCACUACAGUGCUUAGAAGCUACAUUAAUCACUCGACAGAUAAAACUUUAAGAAUAACUAGCUUAUAUGAUUGUAUAGAUAGGCAUAAUGUCUGCAAUGUACAAUUGAUUAUAAAAUAUAUUAUAUGUCAAUCGAA